AGACGUGUCGGUGACCGCUCAGAGACCAAACGUGUUUGCCAAUUGCGCGCGCUUUUUGCCUCGAGAGUGCUUUCGCCCGCCACUUUUCUGCGCCUUAAGUAGAAAUAAUUGUCCCACUGCGCAUGAGCUCAGCCGUGAAGAAGUGGAUUGCACACCGUCCUUAAAACUGAAGGGGAAACCAUUUUCGGACUUUGAUGAUGUCAAGAGAAUCACUGUUUCAUCAAUCGCUAAAAGUCUGACAGGAAAGGGAAUUAUCCUUUGGCAGCAUAAAACCUCGUGAAAAACUUUUCAAAGGCGCACUUUAGUCAGAGUCCACCGGCAGUUGCACUGAAUGAAAAUUGAUAAUAAAAAUUGUUCUCUAUUAAAAAGGAAUGAUUAGAGAUUCUAGAAAGGGAACCCGUGUCUAAAACUUUUUGAAGCCAAUAGUUCGAUCGGUUAAUGUGUGAGAUAUCUUUAUUGAAUCGCAAUCGCCAGCCAAUCAAUCCUCCAGCUUUGCCCAACGUCUCAGCGAAUCCGUAAAAGUAGACGGAUCGAAAUCCUGCAACUAACAAAACAUGAAUCCGACAGUAAGCUCCCUACUUUCGUUAGCACUUCUUCUCUUUAUAGCCGUCCAGAUAUCAACAGCAUUAAGUAUUUCAGACGAAACACAAGGAGGUUCAGCAUGGGCUUUGGAUGAUGAGGAGCAACCCGCCGAUUACAGGAGCGUUUUGAAACUGGUCAAAUACGAGAUAUUGAUUAAAAUGAUGAAUGAUUUAUGCGACGAGCUUGAUAUGUGCCAACCCAGCCAGGUGCCUGCCCGACAACCCUCCGUCGUCCGAAGGGGGGAAAACAACGAAAGAAGGAGAGGUGGAUCGCACUUAUUUUGGAGAACUGCCUUACUGAAGAAUCCAGUUCUGAAGACCGCAAAUUGAUACCCGAAACACAUCCUGAAAAAAAAAGUGUGUACGAUAUAAAACAACAGUAGGGGUGGGGUAAUGAGUAUCUUAUUCCAUUUCAAAUGUUGACCAUACAAUAGGCUUAUAAACAAGUUAACACAGAUAGGCAUUUUCUCCUUUACUAUGACUUUAUGUUCGAUAACUUGUAUUUCCUUAAAAAAAUGAUGGUUUGAUUCUUGGGGAAAAACAUUAUUCAAUUAAACGCCACUAUCUACGGAUUUCUUGGCGUAAAACCUUUUUAAUUGAAUUAUUUAUCUGGACACUGCACAGUAAAAGCGCUGUUUAUUUUUUUUUUCAAUAGCCCUGUUUACUAUGUGAACCACACAGUUGUUUAAACAGUUCAAACAUGUGUUUGAAAUCACAAAUAUCAAAGUUUAGUUUCAUAUUUAAUUAUCAAUGAAUAUUAGGCAUGGUUGUUUAAAUUGUUCAAAAAUACUGUAAGGUUCAUCAUCAUAGUAAACAUGGUAAACACUGUUUUAUGAACUUUUAAGCAGGGUUUGUGCUGUGCAUAGACACUGAUAUAGCAUAUGAAUAAUAAUUUAAUCUGUCAAUAUUUACAACAUGCAAUAGGUUCUGGUUUUUCUUAUUCACAACUCAUAGGGUGUAUUUGGUUUUAUCUACAUUGUGUUUUGAUAUUUUUAGAUUAAUAAAAAUUGGAUUGAAAUACAAAAAAAAAUCAUCAUAUUUAUUGUUUAUAAUUCAGCGCCAUCGAUAUUUUCAUACAUUACUUUAUCAUGGUGUCUAUCGGUUAUAAGUUGUUACAUUUGUCAAUGAAGAUAUUUGCCGAUUACACCCUAUAAGGAAAAAAAAACAGCAAGGGACAUCCUUUCUGUAUCUUGUCGCGAAGGCUAUCCCUGAGUCCGCGCUCAUGGCCAUCUGUUAACUGGUCUACUUGAAUACGUGUUCCGAGGCCACUUAACUUUCGUUAAUAGCCCCUUGAUAUUACGUUGUGGGGACGUUUUUAUAGUGUGUAGAAUCUCAACGGAGCCCUCUACAGCAUCGCUUUAACAUCAUGGCUACCAAUAUUAGAAUAAAUGAAUACUAAAGAGCGAAUUAUUUGCUAAUACUCCAGGGGAUGGUGCGAUCCGUUCACUCACCUUUCCUUUUAUAACAGGUUUUAUCUCUUACAUUUGGAGGCAAAAAUUAUUCUAAAAGUUAAACGGAUUCUGCGGUUAUGUUUAUUCCGUUUAUCAAGUAGUUGAAAGGUGAUGAUUAUGUGUGUAAUCAUAAUAUAUCAUGUACUACAUGCGGGUAGUUUAUUUAUUUUUGUUAAAUAUUAUCUUUCUCUAUAAUCAAUCGUCUAUAUGUUACAUGUACGUCAUUGAUAUUGUAUAAAUUCAACAUGCAAAAUAAAUUAAGAUUUUAUGUUAAAAAAAAAUUAUACAGAACUAGAAAUCAGAAAAAACACAUUUUCUCUUAGAAAAAAACACCUAAAAUGUUAGUUAAUGCAAAAUGCCUUCAAAAUUCAUUCUUUAAGAUUAGGAAUAGCCUAUUUUAAUAAACCAUGUGAAAAAUAUCAAUUACAAGAUUUAUAUAAUCUCUACACAUUGAUUACUGCCUAUCGACAACAUCCCGUAUGCAUGCUAUUAUUUGAAUUAUGUUACCUAUAUGAGUGUAGUGUUAUGUAUAGCUUUAUUCCUUAGUACAUGACAGUGGCUCUCGAGUAGUUUUAUUUUUUUCCGUAGAUGGGGUUGCAGGUAUUCCAACUGUUCAAUGAUAUAGUUAUUAAAAAAAAGUUAGAUAGAUAGUUUAGUUCUACUGUUACACUCUUAUUAAAAAAAAAACUAAUAUUGGGUAAAAUGGGAACAUGCAUGUUGGUUCGGUAAAAGAGAUACUAAACAUUUUAUAAAUUUUACGCAAUAUUGUGUUGAAAUAGCCCAAUAUAGGGUAAAAAGUACCCAGCAAACAUGCAUGUUCCCUUUCUAUCUAAUGGGUAAAAUUGUACUAAGUGUUUAUAGAGUGUAGACACUAUGGAAAUUGCUAUAGCAUCUGCUCUCAUCUGCAAAGUGAUAAAUGUGUCGAAAUAAAAUAUUCCAUAGUAUGCUCGUAUAUGGGAAAUGUGUAUUUGAAGUGUUUCUAUUUGUUGUUUAAAUCUAGUUUGUUUUUUAAGAUAAACUUAAUGUGAGAAGUCAUUUAUGUAA